AUGGCCGGCGGCCUGCUUCACUUGCCCUGCCAGCUCGGACAGGGUCCGCUCACGAGCGGUCAGCUCCGCCUCCGCUCUCGGGCGCCCAGGUCCGCCGACGUGAUCUCGGUGUCGACCUCCCUGAUGGCGACAUCCUCCUCCCAGUCCGCCUCCAGCCGCUCCAUCGCCUCCCGGACGCUCCCCAACGCGGCCGGGAGGGGUUCGGCGGGCUGGCUAGGCGGCGGCUGGGCGCUGGGUCCCUUGCGAGCCUCCCUCGGGGGGCUCGGGGUCCCUGAAAACUUCCGCACGAUCAUCCGCCCCGGGCUCGGCACGCUCGAGGUAGGCUCGGACGACGCAGAACGCUCCGACGGUGGCUGCGUCUCCGUCUCAGCCGUCGUGUCUGCCAGCACCCUCUCGGCCGCCGCAUCCGCCGAUCCCAGCAAGGACGUCGCGUCCGCCGGUUCCGGCUCUGCCGCCGCGUCCGCCAGUUCCGGCAUCGCCGCCGCGUCCGUCUGCCCCGUCUCUGCCGCCGGGUCCUCUGGCCUCGGCCCGGCCGCCGCGCUUGCCAGCCCUGGCUCCGCCGACGCGCUCGGCUCGGGGGCUGGCACCGGCCUCGACGCCUCCGGCAGCCCCUGGACCUCAGCGGCGCCCGUAGGUGGCCCGCAGGAGAAGAACAAAGAUCAAAACCGAAGCUUAGUUCGGGCGAAGCACGCCCUAGAAGGAAUGAAGAACGAAACUUAA